CCUUCCUGUGCGAGUUCUCUUUACAGCUUUGACAGCGAUUUUAUCAGUCCGUCAACUAGAGUUACAAGCUCGAAGGGUCUACAUUCACGAUGCGUGCUUCAUCUAUCGCCUUCCUUCUCCUCUUGUGGUCCCGUAAUGUGACAGCCUUCGCACCCAUCCAGAAAAUCCCGGCGCACCGUGGGCAGUCUGCGUUGACACAUCUCGACUCCGUCUCCACGUCGGAUGCGUUGACGCAGAGUACCGGUGCGUACACCGCGACGUCAUCGAAGAGCAACAUCGCGACUCCCAUCGACAGCCAGGCUGAGGAUACGGUACCGCUAUCUCAACCAAAGGCGGUCUCGAGCUCCGGUCGGGGCCUGUCUGGACCCACCAAGGCCUUUGUGUUCCUGGCCGCGGUGAUUGCCGCCGGUAUGGCGACUACCGCGGGCCCAGUGGAUCUGGCUGUACUUGCGACGUUGGACUUUGAGGCAUUCGAUUUCUCUAGUUUGAUCCCCACCGGUAGCAACAGCGAUUCGGCUUCCAAUGUCAUCUCCUUCAGUCUGCCCACGAUCGAUUGGAGUCUUUCCACUGGUGGCAGCUCCUUGUCUAGCUCGACGGCAUUUGAUUUUCAAAGUGCCUGGGACACUUCGCCAGCUUGGGCCUAUCACGAUGCCAACCUGGCGAAAUUGCAGACCAGCUUCAAGGCGCUCCAAGCUGGCCUCCAAGACAAGUCUCUCACGCUACAAGCUACCGUUGCGAACCUGCAAACCACGUUGGCUACGACCUUGACGCAAGUGCAAACCUCCUUGGCUACAGUUGCCCCUCCCUCCGUGGAAUCAACGCUGGAUACAGUACAGACCUGGCUGGAGGCUCAGUCCUCUCGUCUCCAACAAGACAUUAUGGAUCAAGUUUCGCAAGCCCGAAAUGUUAUUUUACCCGCCCAGUGGCAAAGCUUGCAACAACACGCUGCCGUGGUCGUAGAAAACUCGCAACAUGGCAUCUAUGAUGCGCAGCAGCGCUUGCUAGGCAGCACAGCUACGGAGAUUCGUGGUUCUCUCCGCCCACUGAAAAGUGUGCGUUUUGAUACGCCCACAUUCAAUUUCUACUUCGACACGUCCAAGGUCACGGAACAGCUUUCCUCUUCGGCUAUGAAGUUGGACGGCUGGCAAAACAAUCUAAAGCAAGCGGCAUCGUCCGUUCAGGAAUCGAUUUUGUCCGUCCAAGAGUCAGUGCACUCCAGUACCGUUCCUUCCAUUCCCGAUGCCGUCCAGGCUACCGCAACGGACACGCCGGUCGAGACUGUACUAGCGGAACCAGCCCGGACGGCAAUUCCUAAAGCAAUCACCGGAGCUCCGCAAUACGCGGUACCUGUCAGGCCCGUGUCUUCGUUCAGCACAGACUCCGAAUUUCUCAAGUCACAGCUCAGUUCGAUGAAGUAGGCGACUUCAUCAAUCAAUUUACACGCACAGAAACAGCUAUUCCGAAUCGACCAGUGCUUUGAAAAGGGAUCCAUAUACGACCAGCAGACUGUCGUGCAAAGAGAGAAAUAUCCGAGAGACGCACCCACACAUUGACCUUUUUCCCGUAUCGAUAGUCUCGCGCGAAAGUACCCCUAUAAGACGGAUGGUGGAUGCUCCUUUCAAAAAAAUACAGAGAAUAACAAUCCUAGUUGUAGUUUACAGUU